GGACUCGUGCUUCUCCUUCACUAUCAAGUCCAGAAGCUUGAAUUAGGAGACCAAGAUCAACUUGCUCUAGAGACAGGUUUUCAUAAGUCUGUAUGUUUUGGAAGCCGUUACAAUGAAAUUGAGUUUCAUUCUCCUGGUUCUGGCUGCAACAUCCAUCGUGGUCGUGCAAGGAUCGAAGUUUUGGGAUGAUUUUUACGUCAAUUUUGGAGAUUGCAAUGUGCAGUAUCCAGGAUAUGAUACUGGAAGUACCAUUGCUUUGGGUUUAGACAACACCACUGGAUCUGGAUUCCAGUCGAAGUACCCUUACUUGUAUGGGAACCUCUCCAUGAAGCUCAAGCUUGUUGGAGGCGAUUCUGCCGGAACUGUUACUUCCUACUAUAUGGCUUCCGAAAGAACCCAGUUUCCAAAGUGGUGUGAGCUAGACUUUGAAUUUUUGGGAAAUGCUUCAGGAGAGCCUUACAUUCUGCAGACGAAUGUGUUUUCUGAAGGAGUAGGAAACAGGGAGCAGCGUAUAUACCUCUGGUUCGAUCCCACUGCUGACUACCAUGAGUAUGGUAUCUUGUGGAACCAGGACCUCAUUCUGUUUUUGGUUGACAGCCGCGUCAUCAGGGUCUUCCACAACGCAGCAGAUCUCGGCAUUCCUUACUUGGAUUAUCAACCGAUGUACAUCUAUUCCAGCAUCUGGAAUGGAGAAUCGUGGGCGACUUGUGGUGGUGGAGUGAAAACCGACUGGAGCCUUCAGCCUUUCCUUGCAUCUUACACCAAUUUCAACGUCUGGAAUGCUUGUGAGAUGAGGGAUUACACAGUGAGCUCUUCACAUGCUUGCUAUCAAAAGCUGUACAGCAGCUCAUAUGGUCAGGCCCCCAACCUAGCUCUGACACAAUCUCAGAUUGACGAUCUGAGGUGGAUUAAGUACAAUUAUGUGAUCUACGAUUAUUGCACUGAUCUGAAGAGAUUCAACUGGACCGCUCCCCCAGAGUGUGCCAGAAACUGGCCUUAGAUUUAUAGAUUGGAAAGUUCUCAAUUAACUCUAUGAAUUUAGACACCAUUCUUCUUAUCACUGACAUUCAACAUUUUUUACUAUCUCUUGUGUAUACACCAGAGUUCGAUGACUUAGUAGUUGGAGAAUAGUUUGAAUCAUAUAAGGAUAUCAAUCCGGGCAGACACGCUAUCGCCUCUAGAGGUAAUACGUGUGCCUAAGUUUCCAAGAACAUAUGUGAAUUCAUUUUUGUCGAAGAUGACAGUAAAGACCAUGUUCUAUGGCCAGAGAUUCAAUGAUAUCGUGAAGCACGCUUGUCAU